CGGAGCAGAGCAGGCUGCUGGAUCAGCCGCUCAGCUUUCAGUGAGUUCACCAAACUGUUUGCGUACCAGUCUCCACUCAGCGCUGCAUGCUUUUCUAAAUUGGGAUCGCAGAUCUCGGAGCGGUGGAUUGUAUCAGUUGGACGCUGUGGGACACGAUUCAGGCCCGUGGACAUCCCAACUGAUCGGCUUAUGUUCGGUUAUACCUGAAAACGCACCUCCAGUAGUACCAGGCUCCUGAAUAGACUGUUCAGUGACAUUUUCUGAGGAAAAACAGACUGAGGUUUCGGCACCGAGCUGCGCCCUGAGCCCAUGAAAGCGGGAGAGGAGAGAAAAGUGAGAGGAAUCGACAACUUCACCUGAGCAAAAAUAAGCAACAAGCAGAUACACAUGGGGCAGGGGGAAGCUUCAGCUCGGGGGACAACUAUGGAGGGGGACUGUCUCAGCUGCAUCAAGUACCUCAUGUUUGUCUUCAAUUUCCUCAUCUUUCUCGGGGGCUCCUUCCUCCUGGGAGUGGGCGUAUGGGUGCUGGUGGACCCAACAGGGUUCAGAGAAAUUGUAGCAGCCAACCCUUUACUUUUCACUGGUGUCUACAUUAUUCUGGGAAUGGGCGGCAUGCUCUUCCUUCUGGGCUUUCUGGGCUGCUGUGGAGCCAUCCGUGAAAACAAGUGUCUGCUCCUCUUUUUCUUCAUGCUUAUCCUCCUCAUCUUCUUAGCAGAGCUGGCAGCUGCCAUCCUAGCUUUCAUAUUCCGGGAGCAUCUGACCAGAGAGUACUUCACCAAGGAGCUGAAGAGGCAUUACCAGGGCUACAACAACAGUGAUGUCUUCACCUCCACAUGGAACGCCAUCAUGAAUACAUUUGACUGCUGUGGAGUGAACAGCCCCGAGGACUUUAAGGACAGCCUGUUCAGGCUGAUCAACCAGAAUCAUGUGGUGCCAGAAGCCUGCUGUCAGCGUGCCAGUCAGAGCGGAGAGUUGGACUAUACCAACAAGGAGCAGUGCUUAGCAGGCAAUAUGAUGUUCCGCUAUAACAAGGGCUGUUAUUCUGCAGUUGUUGACUACUUUGAACUGUACAUCUAUGUGGCUGGAGCCCUGGCUAUUGUGGUGCUAACUAUUGAGCUUUUUGCCAUGGUGUUUGCAAUGUGCCUCUUUAGAGGAAUCCAGUAGAAGUCGUCCAUUCGUGAACUUUUUUUCUUCUUUUUUGGGAGUGGGGGAAAGAAAGGGAAUUCAGAAGAAAAGAUCAAAAUGGACAUUUGUAAAUUUGUGGAUCUCUUUUUCUAUUGUCUAAUUGGUUAAAUAAAAAAAAAAAAACAACUAACAAACAUUAAAAAAAAACUCUUGUACUUCACAGCUGGACUUUUGAGGUACUGGGUUGCAAAAAAAAAAAAGAAACAUAAAAAAAUAAAACUUUUGAGGAAGUCUGAGAGCAGAUGUAAAAAGAUUUGUGUGUAAAGUGGAAACAGUAAUUUGUGGACCAGGUCUAACACAGACUGGGUAUAAUGUGGGCCGGGGCUGAGGACCAGGUGAAGCCUGAGCAGAAGGCACUGCACUGACUUUUGGAUGAAGAAUAUUUAUAUUAAGUAAAGUUGGCUUAACUGUACAAAUUGUGUUUCAUGUACACUCUGGCUGGUAACCCGUUUCCCUCUCAUAAUGUAUGCUGUAACUAUCCCCCCCCUCCUCAUGCCUUUUUUACAUCCACACAACUCAAAUGCUGUAUCAUAUAAGCUGUGUGUGUGAAGGUGUGUGUGUGUGUGUGUGUACUGAAUGUUUUAUGAGUGUGUAGUUUGUGAGCAUGUGAGCUAAAAAGACAAGCUUAAAGCCAACAACAUAAUUCUUUUUCUGUUAGUAAGGUGCUUGUUAUUGCAUUAGUGAUUAAAUGUGGUUUUAGCUGGUGACAUGUAUGUGUAUGCAUUUGUAUUAGAUUCUUGAAAGUCAGUGACAUAAAUGGCAUUUUAAA